UCCCCUUCUCCUCCUGCAUCCCCACCUUCUCUCCCUCAGCCUCCACACCAUCAGCCAGUCUGCUCUCAGUCAUUCUGCCUGCGCACAGCUCAGGCUCCACAUCCUGUACCAGUCUCCUCCUCUCUCUCCUUCACACACACACACAGUUGCUCACACACCUCUCUGCUGCUGCACACACAGCAGCUGCUUCAGCUCUGAGGGAAAGAGGAGAAAGACACACGCAACAACAACAAAAGAAGAAGAAACCCGACUAAGAGGAUGAGGAUGAGUGUGGGCAGUGUGCCGGCAGUCCCCUGCUGCCGUCCCACGCAGAUCGCACGGAGCUUCACACCCCCCCUGCUUCUCCUCCUCCUGCUCCUGGGCACCACCAGCAGCAGCAGCAUUGGGGCCGUCCCCUCUGCCUUCCAGCUGGCCCCGGACACCCCGGCCCCUGCCGAGCCCACCCCGACCCAGGCCACACCUCGUCCGGACCCCUGCGAGGGACGACCCUGCCUCAAUGGGGGGUUCUGCCUGGCGCUGCCAUCCGCUGGCAGGCCAGAGGACACCUGGGAGUACACCUGUACGUGCAGCCAGGGCUUCACCGGACGCAACUGUGAGUUUUUCACAGACCCGUGUGCCAGCAGCCCCUGUCUCCAUGGAAACUGCAGCCGGAGCGACAGCGGGGAGGAGGGGGAGCCGGCCUACACCUGCGAGUGCACCGAAGGCUACGAGGGGGAGAGGUGUGAUCAGAUCCUAUUGGACCUGCCAGCCGCUGACUGGGACCCCGCCACCCCCUCCGCUCCCGAGCUGGCCACCCCCGUCGCUUCCACCACCGCAGCCGCCACUCAGCCGCAGCCAACCACCGUCCCCUCCACCACAACGCCGCCGCCACCUCCCACCCUGCAGCCAUGGCAACCCAAACCUGGGCAGAGGCUGCUGGUGGUGCCGUGGGAGGCAGACAGGGUGACGGAGGGUCUGCACUGUGUGAGUCCUGAGCUAUGUGAGCUGACAUCAGGAACUCUGACUCUGUCUCUGGAAGUGCCUGAAGAGACAGCCGUAAAAGUGGUGGUGAAUGCCAGUGGAGCUCCAGUGCUGUGGCGUGUGAAUGAAGAGGGUUUCCUGCGUUCCUCCAUCUUGAAUGGCACCACGCUGUCGUUCCUGCAGGCCCAAGAUGGACUGGUGGUGCCAGACCACUCGUUGCCCCUUGGACAGAACUACUUCCUCAGUGUGUUGCGAGUGGGCACCCCCACAGCCCCGGAGGUCACCCUGCGUCUCAACCUGACGGUGAAAGCCAGCAGCUGUGUGGAGCCCGGCAGCAGCUUCAGUGACCCUCAGUGCUCUGGGAAAGGCAAAUGUAUCACACAGCCCUCAGAGAGCACUUUCUUCUGCGAGUGUGAGGACGGCUACACUGGAAUCUUCUGUGAGGAAUUUGACGCCUGCCAUCGCCGACCUUGUCGCAACAACGGCACCUGCACCGACGUUAGACAGGGGGGUGAAGGACGCAACUUCACAUGCACCUGCCCACCAGGUUAUGAAGGGGAGCGCUGCCAGUUGCUGGUCGAUCACUGCCUCUCUCAGCCCUGCAAGAACGGAGCCACUUGUUUCAACAGCCUGGCCGGGCCCAGGUGCUACUGUCCCGAAGGCUACCAGGGUGCCACAUGUGAGCAGAAGGUGGACCCGUGCGCCUCCAGCCCCUGUCACAAUAACGGGACAUGCUACGCCCAGGGCCCCGGCCCCCUGGGGUUCGGCUGCAGCUGCACAGCAGGCUUCACCGGCCCUACAUGCGCCCAGCUGGUGGACUUCUGUGCCCUAAACCCCUGCGCCCACGGGGUCUGUCGCAGCGUGGGCAACAGCUACAGGUGCCUGUGUGUCCCAGGCUACCAUGGCUUGUACUGUGAGGAGGAGUACAACGAAUGUCUGUCCGCCCCCUGCCAGAACUACGCCACCUGUAGGGACCUUAUCAACGCCUAUGAGUGUGUCUGCACACCACAGUUUGAAGGCAGACACUGUGAAAUCUACAAGGACCCAUGUCUGAAGAUGCACUGCCAGAACGGAGGCCACUGUGAGAGUUCAGGACUCAACGUUUCCUGUGUCUGCCCACCUGGAUACCUGGGGGAAAAGUGUGAGGUUGACAUCAAUGAGUGCGAGUGCAACCCCUGUCACCAUGGAGGCACCUGCGUUGACCAGUCAAAUGGCUUCACCUGUCACUGUCAUCCUGGGUGGGUGGGGCCCAGCUGUGAGAUCUACCUGCAGUGGAAGCCAGCACACACUGAAGUCACCCUGACCAACAUGCCCCGCCACUCCCUCUACAUCAUCAUCGGAGCGCUGUGCGUGGCCUUUGUCCUCAUGCUCAUCAUUCUCAUCGUGGGCAUCUGCCGCAUCAGCCGCAUCGAGUACCAGGGCUCAUCACGCCACGCCUACCAGGAGUUCUACAACUGCCGCAGCAUCGAUAGCGAGUUCAGCAACGCCAUCGCCUCCAUCCGUCAUGCCAGAUUUGGCAAGAAGUCCAGGCCUGCCAUGUACGAUGCCACUCCCAUCGCCUACGAAGACUACAGUCCAGACGACAAGCCUUUGGUUACCCUCAUCAAGACGAAGGAUUUGUAAAACACAACCAUCACGAGCUGUACACUACACAUCUACACAUGCAAACACACACAUACAUACACGUACACACAUACAUAUACAGAAAGUCAGUAUAAAUCUUGAAGUAUUUCUUAAGAAAAAAAAAUAACAGCAAAACAAAAUUGAAUGUAAAGCGGAGAAAAAAGAAAUCCAAAACAUACUCAGUAGUUAUAAAAGAACAAAUCGGGAAUUUGAUACAUCUAUUUUCCUGUCAAAGUCAAUGAUAAGGCUUUAUUGUAGCAUAAGAGCAUACUUUGCAUUAAGUUAUUGCCGACGGGCGACGUUGCCAGUAACCUCUGCUGUACAAGAGCGAUGACUUUAGUCUGCACCAGACUGUCUGUCUGUCGGCAGGGCCAGCAACCCAUGAGCCUAAAUUUGUAAACUCAGCAGACAGGGCUGACAGCAGUCCUUACAGGUGUGGUAGAAAUAGGUGCACUCCUCUCAGUGCAUACACUGUAUCUUUUUCUAUAUCUAAAAAAAAUCUGCAGUAGGUUGCCUUACUUCGUGCAUGGUUAGAUUAGAUGUUCUCUUUGCAUUAUUUUAAAAUCCUUUGUACUUGGUUGUUGUUUUUUUCAUUGCAGUUGUAUUUCUCUCUGUCAGGAUUGUGCCAAAUAUUUCCUUUGGGUAAUUUAUGGUUAGUAGAUCAAAUGCACACAUGUAUAAAAUACUAGUCACAGAGUUUUUCUUUUUAAAAAUACAUAUUGUCCUGUUCUUUACAUGCAAGUUUCUCAAUGGUGUAUGAUUAGUAAAGAAAGUGGGUUUACUGGAGUACUGUGACCCUACCAUCCUACUGUAUGUAUUUCAGUGAUAUUUAGGAUAAUAGGUAGGUAUAUUUCUCAAUUCACAGAAACAUAGUUGGUUUAACUCAGUGUACCUGUUUAUGCCAGUGUACAAAUUCACCUCUAGUAUUGACAGUGUUGAAUAGUUUCUGGAUGAGAGUUUCUUUGCUGGCUUUAAG